UGUAUUAAUGUGAUAAAGCAGUCUACGAGGACUAGGUAUUGAACAGUAAAAAAUGUGACAUUUUUUUAAGCAGCGACAGUUAUUUUAAUCUCAUUCAGGUUAUUGCAUCUUCUGGUUCCAAAUCUAGAGUCAUUUCGUGAUGGAGUUUUCUUCAAACAUGGUUUAAAUCCCCGCGUUUUGCUGCAACUAUUUCACUCAAGGUUACAUGCACUGGACAAAGUGUUAAAAAUAUAUGAUAGCAUAUAUGAAUUCCAUUAACUCUGGUGUAUGAUACAGGACUCCUGGUUUAUUAUUCAUAGAUAUACAUCCUCCUAUAUGCACAUCAUUGCUCUGCGUCUUAUCCACAGUUUAUGUAGAAACACAAUCAUAAAUGUAUAUGAUGUAUAUCAGUUCAUUACAUAACCCUGUCCAUUCACUGAUUGAUGACACAAAGUGAUUAUUGUGAAUACACUGCAGAGUCUCUUUAUUAAUCCACUGACCCACGUGGCUGGACUCAGAUCGACUAGUGAAUGUGAAACUCGACAUGUCAGCCUUUGAUUUCUGGAUGCCUUUGUUGUUUCGUUUAAAAACUUUUUUCAGACAUACUGACGUCAAGAGAUUAAACUCCAUAUCUGCCUGAAAUGAUGAGGGACAAAACUAAAUUUGAGUUUUUGGAGCCGCAGACACAACAUUGCUGCAGUCUGGGGUUUAAUGGGUGAUAUGGGUGAAAUGAAAUGUGGUGCCAAAUUAAAGUCUGUGUUCUUAUUUAGCUUUAGCUGAUCGACAAAUGUUUGAAUGACAUGAAAUCCUGCCAUCAUGCAGAGCCUCCCAUGGAUUUGCUAUGUUUCAGUUGCACCAUCACUUGCAGCUUUUCAUGCCACAGGGAUGAAGGAGGGGAAACAAGCCGGACAUUGUGUGGCUGAGGUUUGUCUCACUCUGAGGAUUAUAAGAUCAGGAAUCCCGUGAAAUAUAGGUGAACAUGCAUAAAGUGCUAAGCAUAUGGCAAUGCAAUUUGACAUUAUAAUAUACAAUCCAUUAUGUUAUUACACUUACAUCUACAUAUUAUGACAAAGUCAGAAUAGUCAUUCCAGAACUUGACAGCAGUUUAUGUGGCCAUAAUAAGACAAAUAACCAUAAAAACGAUUUGCAAGAUACAGAUAAAGAGAAAAUAUGACAAUACACUGGUUACAUUUGUUGUAUCGAUGUUGAUGACAAACACCCAAAUCUCUUUGUCCUUGCUUGACCCCAACAUGAGUUGACGUGUGCACUUUUUUUCUCUACAGAGAUUAAUCAGGGUUAAAAAUAAUCCUACAUGUAAAGAAAUGGUGACACAAAUAGGCCUGAAUAUACAACAUUUCUGCUGGUCAUGUGAAGCCUGAUUAAUCCAAUAUAACUAUCUCAUCCUUUCUAUGUUAGACUUUCUGCACAGUGAGAAUGACGUUGCAGCUUGAAUAAAGUCCAGUCCUCUGGUUCAAACCAUAUAAAAGGGGCCUCAGUAAAUGAGAUUAUCGUCUUGCACUGCAAUGUGGAAUGUAUACGUUUUUAACACGAGGGAACAUGAUUGCUUAACACGUCAAUGGCCUCAGUACCGACCUGCACGGUCCUAAAACCAUACAUUGUGAAACAAGUCUUUCAUCCUCUCAGAGGGAUUUUAAUAUUAAGUGUAAGAGCUCAAUGAAACUAAUAUUGUGUGUAAAUGUGCAGGAUGGGUGACAGGAGAGGCUAAUAUGUCAGAAUGAUGCACACAAGACACAUAGAAGUUGAUGAUUUCUGAAUAAAGCAACUCUGUAAUCUGUUAUUAUGAAUGGGAUAAACUAUUUGUGUUGUAAUAAAAAAAAAACUCACCAGGGCUCAGUGGUUAAAUCUGGGUCAAAUGUAAAAGUGGGUUCCAGCUGCCAAGUUUUUCAAACAAAGCAUGUUUAGCUAUUUAGUCGGCACACUUUCUAAUGCCAAGGGGGAAACACAAGGGACAAGUGCCAAAAAACGUGCGUGUAGUAUUUACCAGUGCUAUAAUAGUCAGUGGUGCAGGGUGCCUUCAGGCUGUGGACCGAUGCCUUUGAUAAACAACUGCAGCAGUUGACCCCUGAGUCAAAACCCGGGUCAGAAUCGCAGCCAGAACAUUUAGAAUAUUUUCAUUUUAAGAUUAAGAUGCAUUUCUUAGUCCCAAACACAUGCAAAGACAUGCACAGGCACACUCAUGCAUGUAGGGAAAUUUAACCUCUGCUUUUGACCCAUCUGGUGCAGGUCACACAGAGCAGUGAGCGACCAUGUACGGCGCCCGGGGAGCAGAUGUUGGGGGAGUAAGAUGCCUUGCUCAGGGGCACUAGACAGGGUAGGGAGAAUCCUCUUGGAUUUUUGGACAGAUCAAUCCAGGUUCGUCUUUUUGUUGUUUCUCCGUGGAGUCGAACCAGAGACGAACCAGAGACCUUUUCUGCCCAUAGUCCAAGUUUCUGCCACUAGUCCACCGCCUCUCCAUUUCAUAUUGGACAGAGUCGGACAUUGGAGGUGCAGAUCUCUGUCCUGGCAGCAACAUUCAUAUAAUCACUUUCUUUCUUAGCAAUUUGUCUACAAAGUUAAAGCACAAUUUUGGUGGAGAUGCUUCAGUGCUUUUGAGAGCUGAAUAACAAAGUGUUUGUUUAAAAAAAAGGUCUGAAGAUUGUGUUGGUUGAUCAACAGACCCCAGAAAUAGCAGACAUGCAAUCAUCCAAUGAUCACACAUGAACAGUAACAAAGCAAAUUCAUAUUCACCUUAUGAAAAAUAUUGAUUAUAAAAUCGUUAUAUCAGAUAAGGAUGAACACCAUAGAAUGUGACAGUAUCUCCCCUUUAUGUUUUCAUUUUAUUAUUAUCCGGCGUGUAUGUGUAUAUCUGUCUGUGUGAGAACAUGGGUAUGCUUAUGUUUGUAUACGGUAAUUACUUUAUUUAUGUGCUGUUGAAUGAUGAUGAUUGUUGUCCUUCAAAUCCCAAUAAAAAUUUGAUCACAAAAAAAAUGUGACAGUAUAUUGUAGAACUGUGAUAUACUAUUUUCUUUUGUGAUAUUAACAUUCAUUGUCCUCCAAAUAAAACCGGUAUAAGAGUCCGAAAAUGCACAUCUGUUGACUGCACAGGAGCCUCAGGUUGUUGUAGGGGCCACCGUGUGGUAAAACGCAGUGCUGCCCACUCAGAUUAACAGUCAUGGCAGGGAUCAAAUGAACAAACUACAUUUGAGAGAAAGAAAAAAAAUCCAAACAUCACAGUGGAUUAUGACCAUUUCGGAAGUGUUUUUCUGUGAUAAUAAAUAGGGACGUCUCUGCACAGCCUAUCGGAUUCCGGGAUGCAAUACGCAUCCAAAUGAAAAGAACGCCAGUCCUCGCUAAUCCUUGUAUAUCCUUUUUAUCUCGGGACUCAUAGCAGUCUGAUCACUAUGGGACAGCGAAGCGGUGGGACAAAAGCCAUGCGGAUGAUAUUCUUGUAAAUGAGAGAAAAAAAACAAGUCUGUCUGACUUCAGUGGGCGCAGACUGGGCGCAUGUAGCUGCGUAUGCGUAAAAGUGGGCCAAAAUGUUCCUCGUUCUGCUUCUGGGGCUCUACUUGGCCACAGGUGAACUUGUCUCCCCAGUGAGCUCCUGCCCGUCGCAGUGCAGCUGCUUCUACCACAACCUGAGUGAUGGAUCAAAGGCCAGGAGCGUGAUUUGCAAUGAUCCCGACAUAUCCCUUGUGCCUGUCGGGUUCCCUGUUGACACGUCCAAGCUGCGGAUUGAGAAGACGGCUAUUCAACGGAUACCAAGCGACGCCUUUAACUACCUCUCCAGUCUGGAAUUCCUGUGGAUGUCUUUCAACACCCUGUCCGCCUUGAAUCCGGACAGUUUCCGUGGAUUGUUCAACUUGGAAGAGCUGCGUCUGGACGGGAACGCCCUCACCGCUUUUCCCUGGGAAUCUAUCAUGGACAUGCCCAGCCUCAGACUUCUCGAUUUGCACAACAACCAGCUCACCUCGCUGCCCGCGGAGGCCACCAGUCACAUUAAGAACCUCACCUACCUGGACCUGUCCAGCAACAACCUGCUGACCCUGCCUGCAGAGGUGCUGUUCACCUGGCUGGCGGUGAAACCAGCGCAAGGACCAGAGAGCUCCAAGAUGAUACUUGGUCUCCAUGAUAACCCCUGGGUGUGUGACUGUCGGCUCUACGACCUGGUCCAGUUCCAGAAGUCCCCAACUCUGUCUGUGGCAUUCAUUGACACGAGACUGCGGUGUUCAGCCCCGGAGAGUGUGUCGGGAGUUCUGUUCAGUGACGCAGAGCUGAGGCGCUGUCAGCUGCCACGUAUCCACACAGCCGUGGCGCGAGUCCGGAGCGCUGUUGGAAACAAUGUGCUGCUCCGCUGUGGGACCAUUGGAGUCCCCAUCCCGGACCUGACAUGGCGCAGGGCCGAUGGACGAGCCCUCAAUGGAACAGUUCAGCAGGAAACGUCAAAGGAAGGAAUCACCUGGUCCAUCCUCAGUGUCCCAGCUGUGUCCUAUCGGGAUUCAGGGAAAUACAUGUGCAAGGCCACUAACUAUGCAGGGAAUGCAGAGGCUGUUAUUUCUCUUAUUGUCUCUAACACCCCAAAGCCAGAGGGGAACCAAACCAGUAGUGAAAAGAAGGCAAAAGCCAAGAAAUCCAACCAAAUAGGCAAAGCCGCCUACCAGGAGAAACUGGUAGCCAGAUAUUUGGUUCCAACCUCGACCCCUUCAUCCCUGCCUGCCCUGGAUCCUGGCCUUCCACCUGGGCUUGGUUCCGAGUCUGAACAGGCUAUUUUCAGCCUGGCUGACCGAACCACACCGGGGCCUGCCACCUCCUCCAACCCAGAUGCACUGCUGGAUCUGGAGAAGACAAACCUAAGCAACUUGGCUGCCAACACCUCGUCGCUGCAGCAGGACCCAGACAGAGUGGUCCGCUCCGUGAAGGUAGUGGGGGACACAGACAAUACAAUUGCUCUGAACUGGAGAGCCCCUAAAGCCAAGAACACUACAGCCUUUAGUGUGCUGUACGCUGUGUUUGGAGAGAGGGACAUGAGGAAGAUCAAUGUUGGAGCGGGACAGAACCGUGUAACCAUCGAAGGGCUGGUGCCCAGGACCAAGUACAUUGCCUGUGUGUGUGUGAGGGGGCUGAUCCCCAAGAAGGAGCAGUGUGUGAUAUUUUCCACUGAUGAAGCAGCCAGUGCCACUGGCACCCAGAGGCUGAUUAACGUGAUUGUGAUCACAGUGGCCUGUAUCAUCGCAGUCCCACUCACCGUCAUCGUGUGCUGUGGGGCGCUGAAGAGACGCAUUCAGAAGUACUGGGGCAAGAAAUCCAAGGACAUCCAAGAUUCAUACGUGACCUUUGAAACGCUGUCACCUGGUACAAAGGCCAAAGGUCUCGAGGGCGAGUAUUUGAACAGAAUGAACCCAGAGGAGUCUAACAGGCUGCUGUCGGCCCGCUCCAGCCUGGACUCUGAGGCCACGGCUAAGAUAGAGGGACAGCCCAACGAGUACUUCUGCUGACAUCAUGCUCCAGCUCCGGCUCCUGCUACGCGCUAUAUCCCUCGCACUCACCCGCAUCCACGUCCCAGCCCACACACUAACACGCAUUCGCAUACCCAUCACCACCCCCACCUGCAUGUCCAUCCACAUCCAUACCCCCAUCACUUCCAGUACCCCCACCCUCAGCGACAUCCUAACGUCAGUCCCCCUCCCACCCGCUCCCGUACGCCCACACCUUGGGACUCCCCCCCACCCGUUCCUCCGCGCUGGAUCACGCCACAGACUCCGCCGCCACAGAGAGCCAACUUCUAUCAAAGGACCUUUGCACGCUGCACUAUCAUGGAAAUAUCAGUUUAGAGAAUAUUAAACAUUUUAAUUAACUUGUAUUUUAUCCAAACAUCCAUCCUCACCGGUCACACAUGUAUCCACUCAUUAAUAGUGAGACAAUUACAAGACAUUUGACCCAGCAUCAGAACACACUCAUGCUUUAAUGUCUAAAAGAAUGUUUUUUUUUUUUUUAUCACUACGCCUGUAAGAGGAAACAAGUCAACAUAUGAAAUCAUUAUUGUAAUUAAUAUUUCAUUUCACUCAAUGGGCCCAGCAAAGAAACCUCCACAUCCUUAUCUGAUUAAAAGGGAAAUCAGCGGUAGACACUCCAUUGUUUAUAUCAUAUAUGUGCGUGUAUGAUUUGUAAAUAUGUUACCUGGAUGAUGUACACUUACAUAUACAGUUAUGUCUGUGCCUGUAUAAUCUGUCAUACGUUCUCAGAGAAGAUAUACACACAGGCAUGGUUCAACAACUCUGGUGAAUGGAGAAAAAAGCUGGAGCUGGAGAAAGAAGUACAUGAAGGUCUGAACUAUGACACCGUGUAAAUAGCGUGGACAUGAUGCAAAAAAUGAAAUGUUAAAAAAAUGAUUUAUACUCCCGGCAACGAGACACAUACUGAAAUAUCUCUAUGUACCUGUUUUGUGCCACCUAGAGGCAUCAUUACCCCCAAUGAGAUGUAGAUCUGUUCAUUUCAAUUAUAUUAUUUGAAUAUAGUUAAAUAAACUUUUAUAUAUACACAUCCAGUAGGCAUUGCCGUGUCUUUUUACAUGUGUUCUUUCAC